CACUAAACAUAAAAUGGGCGCGCACGCGAGGAUCAUAGCGCGGCGAUGAAGCCAAGAAUCGCGCCCUCCGGGCUCCGGAGCCGCUACUGCCGCGGCGCGUACGACGACCCGGCGGCGACCGGAGCCGGCCUGCUAGAUGCGCCCUUCGCCCCCGCGCUCCGGCUGCCCGAGCCGUCCGAGACGCCGCCGGCGCGGCCGGAGAAGGUGCGGCCCGGCGCGCGCCCGGAUAAACCAGCCGUGCCGUGCCCAAAGGGAAAACUCACGGGUUGGUCGCGGGCCGCCUCCGCGCGCUGCCGCUACGGCCCAAGCCUGGAGGCGCGGCUCGCCAACGACGGCGCCUGGUACCCGGGGGUGAGCGAGGAGGAGCGCCGCGGAAAGACGCGGUGGUUGGUGCGGGGCUCGGGCGCGCGCUACGGCUUCUUGAGUUUGAGACUGGGCCGGCGCGCCGCGGAGCGCGCCAUUGGAGCAGCGGCGACCGGCGUCGCGCCCGCGGACUGUGGGGGGGACGCCGACGUCCUCGCGCCGCCGCCUGCGCGGGGACGGCGGCGCGAGCGCGGCUGGGCGGCGCGCGCGGCGGACCCCGCGCAACGGGCGGCGGCCGCGAAGGCGCUGGCUCGGCGCCUCGGCGACGCCUGGGUCCUGUGCUUCGCCGUCCUCGAAAGUUCCCGCCUCGAGCUGCGGCUCGUCGUCGGCCGGCCGCGCGACGACCUGUGCGCAAAUCAACCAGUGAGUCGGGUGCACUUCUUCACAAAGUCACAUCUCGGCGAGAACGCGGCCGUGUUGGCUGGAACGAGCGGCAAUAGACCAUCUCGCCAUGUCAUCGAGCUGGCGUCGCGUCGAUGGCGUGGAGGUCGUUGGACGCGCCGCGACAAUUUGAUUUAUGCACAGGCGACGACCGCAAGUGGGCCUACGCCGUCGGCGACGCGGUCGCGCUCGUUUUUGAUUUACGCGACGAGCGCGUCCCCGCGACGCUGGCGUUCGCGCCACGCCGCGCGUUCGGCGCCGACGGCGUGCUCCGGCUCGACGCGUCCGGGGGCCCGCUGGCGCCGGGAGUCGCCGGGGCGCCCGGGGGACCGGAAUCGGCCGCGCCGCCGAAAGAUUCGCGCGCGGCGGCGGGGAGAGUCUGGGCCGCGGCGCCCGGCGGCGACGCCAAGGCCGCGCUGCAGCUCCGCUACUGGAUCCGGGCGCUGCAGCACGCCAACCAUUCGGUGACAGUCGCGCCGUUCGCGUCGAGAGGCGACCGACACAAGACCGAGUGCCUCUUCUGCCGCUGCGGCGUGGCGCCGUGGCACCCCCGGCCCGCGAACUUUGGCAUUCCCGCCCACGGCCUCUGCCACUCCGAGGUGGCGUGCGACAAGUGUGUCGUAAAGAACGAGGAGGCUCUACAAGACGAGCGCCGGCCGAAGAACCUGCGGAAGCCGUUGUUCUGGUUCCGGCCGGACCCGCACCCCGUCAUUGUUCCCGUUGAUCGGCCUCUGGCUCCGGCGGUGGAGCCGCCCGCUCCGCCAAGAAACGGCCGGGCCGCGGCGGCGCUGGCGCGCAUUAAUGAAGGGGCGGCCAAUAGGGCGCCCGAUGGGCCUCUGCGAGUUUCGCUGCUAGCGUGCGCCGCGGCGUUGCGCGCCGCCGCUCGCGCCGAGGGCGCGGGCCGCGCGGCCGAGGCGGCCGAGGCGGCCGAGCGCGUCGUCAAAAAGCACCCCGCGCCGCCGCACCCGCUCAUUCGGGACGCCUACGCGCUGGGCGUCGACUACGUGUGUCGAUGCGUCGCCUCGGGACUCGGCCCCGCGCACGCCGGCAACGUCGAGCGGUGGCGUUCCUUCUGGACGUCGAGAGUGAUGGACGAGGAGGAGCGUCUUUUUGAGGAUCGGGUCGAGGCGUGCUGGCGGAUCGUGCUCGACGAGGUCGCUCCAGGCGUCGCGCGCGACGCGGCGACAAAAGCUCACGCUGCGGCGCUGAGGGCCGGCCGCAAGCGCCUCGCCGCGCUCGCUCGCAAGUUCCGGCGCGCGUGCGAAAGGGCCGCCGACGGCGCGGUCGCGGUCGCGCGCGCGGCGGCUCAGCGGGCGGCGCGCGGCGGGCGCGACGCGCGCGAUGCGGCCGCGCGCGCGCGCGGCGCGGUCAAGCGCAACGCGCUGGCGGCGCCCGUCCGGCAGGUCACGCCGCCUACCGAGGGCCCGGGCCAAAAAGAGGUAGAGGUGGAAUCCGGGUCGGGCGCGAGCUCCGAGUCGGACUCGGACGAGUCAGACGACGAGAACGCCUCUGGCUCUGCUUCGAGUACCGGCGAGGACGACGAUGACGACUCUGACAGCGCCGACGAGAAUGACGACGACGAAUCGGCCUCGGCGGGGGACGACGACGACGAGUCGGCCUCGUCGGAAGACGAGUCGGCGCAAGACGACGAGUCGGCCUCGGCGCGAGACGACGACGACGAGUCGGCCUCGGCGGGGGACGAGUCGGCGCGAGACGACGACGACGAGUCGGCCUCUGAGUCGUCGUCGGCGGAAGAAGAAGAAGACGCCUCCGACUCAGACGACGACACCGACGCCUCAUCCUAG